UUUGUUGAAGAUUUGGUUGUUAUCCCUUUAAAACUGGAAUGUUGCACACCAACUGUUUGUAAAAAUGUCUACAACAAGUGCUCCAAUCCUCCAGUCAUGGACUCAGGUUGUAUCACCUCCUUGUGCUGCAUCUAGUACCAAUUUCACUCCUUCAAUUGCUAAUACUCAUGGUAUCAAAAGUUUCAUGGGUUCUCCCUUACAAGAACAUCAAAAAUGGAAGAAUUCAGUUAAGCCAAGAAGGAAGAUAAGGGCUGCAGCCGUCAUCGCUGCACCUCCAGCUGAGGAAGUUAAAGAAUUUUUGCUUCCCUCGUGGGCUGAUUUCGACAUUGGGAAAGCUCCAGUUUACUGGAAAACAAUGAAUGGCCUUCCUCCUAGUUCUGGAGAGAGGUUAAAAUUGUUUUACAAUCCUGCUGCUACCAAACUUGCUCCAAAUGAAGAAUACGGGAUCGCUUUUAAUGGCGGGUUUAAUCAACCAAUCAUGUGUGGUGGUGAACCAAGGGCUAUGCUUCGUAAAGAUCGUGGCAAAGCCGACCCUCCUAUUUAUACCAUCCAAAUAUGCAUCCCCAAACAUGCCGUGAACUUAAUAUUUUCGUUCACAAACGGGACGGAUUGGGAUGGUCCUUAUAGACUACAGUUUCAAGUGCCAAAAGCAUGGCGUAAUCGAGACCUAGAUUUCUUCAAUCGGGGUCUCACCGAGGAAUUGAGCAGAGAAGGUGCGUGCGAAAAAGCGAUCUUUCCCGAUACAAGCAUUGUGAUCGAUAGAUGUCAAAUAAUGGGUAACUUGACUCUUGAAGGGGGCGAUCGCUGUGAACUUGAUCUGGUGUCAGGGUGUUUAGAUCCCGAGUCUCCCGAAUAUAACCCGCUUGCAAAUGUAGAUGAUGGAUCCUGCCCUCCAUACUCAGAUUCCGAAGAUUAAGAUUACGGCUUUUUCUUCGUUCAUUUGAUAUACAAAUCUACUUUUAGAAACUUGUUCAUUGAACUCAUAGUUAAAAGAGGUUCUUGUUCAUUGUUACGCCUCUUUUUGUUAAUACAGUUGUAUACAAUAUACUUUUGGGAAAUACGAUUUUUAUCGUUUACUGUAGAUAA